UGCAACUGUUUUACAAUAACUUUUUUGUCUGUUUGAAAGCUUUUCAUUAACUUAUAGUUAGCGUAACGUUGUUUGUGUGUAUAUAUGCGGCACGUUAUACCCCGGGUCCUGUUUGGCCGGUGCCCGUUGGCCACCAAAGUGUGCCUUAACAAACCGAUGGCCAAAAUGUCCACAAAAUGUUUUCGCGCCGAUCGGCUGAACGCCGUGGAGACCAACGUGUGGGUGGAGUUCAUAGAGUUGGCGCGACAGUACCCGUGCCUUAAU